AUGACAAAACUAACGAAAAAUGCUUCUGAUAGACUUAUAAAUUUAUUAUACACAGCGACAUCAAGAGACGUUGCAACUAAGAUACCGAUUAUUAAAAAGCAUUUGUAUGAACUGAUUAACAAAGAUAAAGAAAUCCGAGGAUCUAUUCUAGAUGACUUGAUGGAAAAUCAGUGGAAACAGAAACCCAUGGAAAAGGCGACAGUGGAUAUAGAAGGUGUGGUGAGCACUAAACGGAAGUCAAAUAUAUUGAAAUUCAAGUGCCAAAAUUCAUAUAUAAGUGAAUUUGACUUUUACAAUAUAUAUCCGAUUUCGAGAGAGAGGACAUAUCUACUACCAAGAGACAUAUACAAAGGCAUAACUUUUGAAGUUAUUAAGUCUCGCAAUCCCUUUAAUUUAUUGCAUAAUGGACUGUACUACCUAAUAUUCAGCAGCUAUGUUCAUGCUUGUACAUAUUUACUAGAGACUUUCAAUAAGUCGAUUAAUGGAUUUCGAUUGAAUAUGGAAUUCGUGGAGCCCAGCUCUAAUGAAUUAAAAUACAUGACAUCACCUUACUUGGAUCACUCAAUUAAUGAUGUUUUACAUCACUCAGUAAAUCCUUUUGCUCUGGCAGAUCCUGGAAGAGUUCCUGUGCUUGAAAUUUUCAAGUAUUCUAAUUCGAAAUCUUCUAUCAUUAAAAAAAUUCUCGAGUUGGAGAAAAAGAGGCAUCAGAAAGAAUAUCACACAUUUGCAAAAGACCCUACUAGCUCCCUUCUCGCUGACUUAGUGGAUAAGGAAACAAGACAAAGCUCUGUCUUAGUUCGUAACUUGCCCUUUGGGACUUCAAGAUUUGCUUUGCCUAAAUUAUUAUGGAAUUAUGAAAUGGCGCCACUUGAAGACGACUUCAAUUGUUACACUACAAUCUUAAGCGAUCCCAUUAGACAGGUAAAUUUGCAUUUGAUCAGAUUCGCUAACAAAAGUAAUGCAAGAAGAUUCGUGAGGAACUUCCAUGGAAAAAGAUGGGAGAGUGUUCAAUCUAGGAAAGAAAAGCCUCUUUACGAACCUAUACUAUGCGAGAUUGUAAAUUAA